AUGAUACAUGGAAAUGACAUUCAGAGUAUACCUAAUGGUGCUUUGAAAGAUCUUGUGUCUCUACAGGUUUUCAAAAUUAGUUACAAUAAAGUGAAAGUCUUGACUGGCCAGACUCUCCAAGGACUUUCAAGCUUAAUGAGGCUGCACAUGGACCACAACAGAAUUGAGUUUAUUCAUCCAAAUGCUUUUAAUGGAUUAACUUCUCUGAGACUGGUCCACUUAGAAGGAAAUUUGCUCCAGCAGCUUCACCCUGACACCUUUUCAACAUUUAUGGUCCUUGAUUAUUUCAAACUGUCAACAGUAAGACAUCUCUACCUAUCUGAAAAUGCUCUUAGGACCUUGCCUGAAGGGAUGUUUCAAGGCAUGCCACUGCUGGAAAAUCUUUACCUUCAUGGGAAUCCAUGGGCCUGUGACUGCAGUUUAAAGUGGCUUCUUGAAUGGAUUGAAGGUUCUGGAGGUGUUUUAAAAUGCAAAAAGGACAAAGCCUAUGAAGGGGGACAGCUCUGUCCUAAGUGCAACAGCCCAAAACAGCUACAGAAAGAAGAUAUUCAAAACCUGAAAGAUAUUUCCUGUCGGAAACCUGUCAUUCAAUCCUCACUGAGGCAGAAUAGCAGCACUCAAGAGGAAGAAGAUGGUGACAGUUAUGAACUCCCUCUGGAAGAGCUUCAGUCAUCUCCAUGGAAUAUUACUCUAAAUAUGACUGAUGAACAUGGCAAUGUAGUCCACCUGAACUGCGAAAUCAAAAAACCAACAGGCUCUAACAAAAUUCAGUGGAAUCAAAUCCAAACUCAGGAGAUUGAUAUAAAUGCUACGAUUUCACUGGACUUUGAAUGUCCAAUGAAUCGAGAAAACUAUGAAAAACUAUGGAAGCUUAUAGCCUAUUACAGUGAAGUGCCUGUCAAAUUAGAGAGGGAACUUAUGCUCAGCAAAGAGCCUAAAAUAAGCUAUCGGUACAGGCAAGGCUCAGAUUAUGAUGCUCUUUACUACACAGGUGUGAAAGCUCAAAUAGUGGCUGAACCUUCCUGGGUGAUGCAACCUCUCAUAAAUAUCCAAUUAAACCGGCGCCAGAGUACAGGGAAGAAAGUGGUGCUAUCUUUUUUCACUGUGUUUUCUCAGACAAUUCAUACCAAAGACACCGGGCAGCAGAGAAGCUGGGUAAUGAUAGAGCAAAACCAGAGCACAAGGACCGCACAGACUGUCAUGGAAGGGUCAGAGUGUCAGCUGAGCUGCAAUGUGAAAGCCUCUGAGAGCCCCUCCAUUCAGUGGCUCUUUCCAGAUGGCACUAAGCUGCAAGCACCGUUUAAUCAAAAGGACAGUAGGUUUUCUAUUCUCAGUAGUGGCCAGCUCAUAAUCAAAGCGGUGAGUUACACUGACAGUGGUUUGUACCACUGCAUUGCCCAAGUGAGAGAUGAUGUGGAUAACAUGGCAUACAAACUUCUGGUGCAGUCUCCAGCUAUUCAGGUAGUUGAUUCAGAUGUAGUGAGAGUUGAAAAAAAUGUUGGAGAUCCAAUAGCAUUGCCGUGCAGUGCAGUUGCCAUCCCAGAACCACAGUUGAGCUGGAUUCUUCCCAACAGCCAGGUACUUAAUGAGCUCUCAAACUCUUCAAAAGGAUACAUGUUGGACAAUGGUACUUUGCUUAUUCCAAAAAGCCAUGUCAGUGAUAGUGGCCAUUACAGAUGUGUGGCUGUCAAUCAGCACGGCUCAGAUCAGUUUGUUGUACGGGUGACAGUAAAUAAAAUGGUGUCUGACAGGUCAUUUAAAAGGAUAAAACUAAGAAAGCGCCCAGGCUCAAAAAGUCGGUCAAAAACGAGAGGGCGAGUCAUAGAUGAUGAAGAAGGCUCAGGGGCAAGAGGGGUGGAGGAGUUCCCACAAAGAAAGAACCAUCUGAAAGACCGGGAAAUAUCCUUUAAACAAAAGAGUGCUCAGGUGUCAGAGGCUCAGAUUAAAAAAGGGAAGAAAGGCAGAAGGAAAAUGAAAAUCUGGAAAAGUACUGAUAGAACCCAAGACAGCAAUGUUGCAGAAGGCCGGAGAGCAUUUGAAUCUCGAAGGAGAAUUAAUGUGGCAAGCAAGCAGAUUAAUCCACAGCAUUGGGCUGACAUUUUGGCAAAGGUCCGUGGGAAGAAUCUUCCUAGAACAACAGCAGCUACAACCAUUUCUUUAACAACUGUGCUGCCAUCAGUCAUGCCCAAAACUACUCCAGUCCCUCAUCCGGUAGCCAGCCCUCCGCCUUCGGAGACAACACCUGAUGCCAUGGAUUCCUCUGCUGAUGCAUCACCUGUGGGUGAAGACGAGCCGUUGUCAGUCACUGUUUCCCACAAUACUAAAGCAUUUUCAGUCCCGUCCAUAUUAACAACAUCAGAAACUGAGCUGUUCCCUGACCACAGUGCUUUAGAAACGCCUGGAAGUAUAUACACUGAAAAAAUGGCUGUAUCAGGUCCAUAUUUGACUCCUGUCUCUUCAACUGUGCAACCACAAGGCCAGCAACAUCUUGAUGUCCGGAUGGAUGAUUCAGUUGUAGUCAAAGAUGUCCAUGCUCUCACUGAAGAGCCUCUAACCAGACAAAUUGUAACAGACUUUCCUAAUAUUCAGAGCAGUUCAUUCACAGUGGAAAAUGUACAUAGAACUGUAUCUUCUACAUCAGAGGAAAAUUCUGCUUUUGCUGAGUUACCACUUGAUGCUACUGCCCUAGCUGAAUCUCAGACUGUGGAUCUUCACAGAGUCUUGGAGACAGGUGUGAAGUUAAAUGAAAUGGACCCAGUGAGUGUCAACACCAUAGUUUUAACACCUUCUCAGUUGGAUGAGAUCAUCCCAACAGAUUCUGUAGGCACUACUUCCAUUUCUUCAUCUGUUUCUCCAUUUGUUGCAGAAAAGAGCAAUGACUUUAUACACCAGCACAAACAUGUAUCCACAGGCCAAACAAAAAUGGCAGACUUAAGUACAAGUUUUCCAGCUGUUACACCCAUCAGGGUUCAGAGCAAGAAAGAACCUGAGAUCUACAGCAGUACAGUGACUGAAGAAAGCAUGUCCAGCAGUUAUGCAGAGAGUUUUCAGGGAGGAGAACAUAAAACCCUGGCUACUCCAAAACCAGAUCCCACAUUCAUUUUGCAUAGUACUAGUGCACCUCAUAAAACAGCAGAGGGGAUAAAAACUGCUUUUUCUAUCAGUAGAUUGACCACUGUGGCCACAACAACAGCUCCCUAUAGAAAGACCAUGCCCUCACUUGUUACUCAGCAUGCUAGGAAAAGGCCUUACGGGAGAAGGAGACUGAGGCCAAACAGAAUCAGACAAAGACCAAAGCCUUUCCACCGUGUUGUUUCAACCACCAAAGCAGUGCCUGUAAUUCCAAGGACCACUGAUGUUGAAGCUGCGACAAAACCUUCUGCACCUCUUGAAAGUCAUGAUCAUAAAACCUAUGUAAAAAUACAGCCUAAGGAAGAGGAGUAUAUGGAAUUCACUCCUUCAUUAGUUGCUGAUCCGGUUGCCUUAGAGAAAAUUACCAAAAUCAGGGAGGUGGUCACAACUUCCUUCUUUAGGCCUACUGCAUCUCCACCUGAAGUAAAAUAUGUGCCACUCUCUACUGCUCCUGAAACCUUGGCACCUCCAGUGACUGCAGCUAGCACCAUUUUAUCAUCAUAUGUUGUACGUGAUGCAGUUCCCACAAAGGAGUCAAGUUCACUUCUGAAACCAGAGCAAAGAGAAGUGCCAACAUAUCACUCAUCACACAGUAUGUCUGAGGAGAAGGGCACUAAAGCAGAUUUUAAAACUAUGGAUAAUAAGGCAGAACAAUCAAGCACAACAGCUUCUCCUGAGAAUAUGAAUAGCUUGAUGCUAUCUAUAAAACCAGAAUCUCAAGAAGAGCCUAUCCCAUUUGACUCAGAAGUUUUGGUUAAUGAAACAACCACUGGAACAUUCCAGCUGAUACAUCCUACUGUGACUGACUUAAGUGCUCCUGUUGGCACAGUGGAAGUUUUUAAGCACCUCUCAGUUUCAAAGGAGUCAUGGAAACCCACAGUAUCUUUAGAAGCACCAGCAAUAAGUGAGCCACUCCAUCAGUAUGAGAUGAUUACUUUGUCCUCCUCCGUCAGCACAACAGAAACUCAAACUUUUCCACUUAAAGAAACAAAGAAAUCUAAAUCUGUUGCUAUUCAAACUGGGACAAAGUCACCUUCCUUGGAUAAAAAUGAAGCUAUGUCACAUGUAUUUCAUCAUGAUCCCACUUCACAGACAACUGAAAAACCUCCAAUUACAUCCACUGCCUUUAUUCCACUUAUAAAACUUACCACGCUUCCCCCAUCCAUUUCAAGCGCUUCACAUCCUUCUCUUUAUUAUACCACUGAGAAACAGAAUGUCUUCAGUCAAAAAAAUUUCCCAGAAACAAGACAAGUUGAAGCAGAUGGUGACAAAAAGGUGGCAAGCUCAAGACAGAAUGUACACCCUACUCCUUCCUCUAGCCAAAACAGGAUUAGCAUUCAGUCGAAAGAGGAGCAAUUUAAAGAUUUGUAUAGUAGCAAGUCAAACAACAGUUUACUGCUAAAUCCAAACCUUCCCAAUCCACCUGCUGGAGUGAUACCAAGCCUAAACCAAAGACUGCCUGUUGUGCCUCCAAAGAAUGUUCCAGUACGAGGCACUGUAAAGCCUCCAUAUAUUGCUACACAAGGUUCAUUUCGCCAUUUUGUAACACACCAGCCUCUUCACUACACAAACAAACCAGAGAUAACAGCAUAUGCAGCACACACCAUCCAGGACAAAAAAUCUUUUGCCUCUCAGAGGGAAGCAACAACCCCAACAUUAGCCUCUCCAUUUCACAAAACCAGUCCAUUCACUGUAAGCAAGUUUAGUAAUCAGGGUCAGAACAGAUUCAAUAUUAAUUCAAGAUUUUUUGGAAAUAACUAUAUUCCAGAUAACAGAGGCACAGCAGGGAGACAACCAAGUCACGGGAUCCCUUAUUACCCCAGUUCCAGAAUGCCAUCCCUUUUCAACAGAACAAGAGUAUUCCCUCACUUAAGUAUGCAUCCUAAACCGGUAGUCCCUAGUCAGCCAGUCCCAAAAGACACAAACGACAAGAAAGUUGCUCGAGUCUCUCCUACUAGGAUUACAGUGCCAAAAGCUACAGUUAUUCCAUUGCCUCCAAUGCCACAUGGCACAAUGACCACAUCACCACCACCAGUGAUUUUGAAGAUUAUCCCCCCAACCUUUCUCUCUCAGCGCACAAAACCACAGAUAGCCACUACAGUUCACCCUUUUCAAAAUAUCCACCAGCAUCAUCAAAAAGUUCCAUCUGUGCCUUAUGUGGGAGGCAUUAUGCCAAACAAUUUGACUGUAAUUCAGUCUUCCACCAAUUUCAGGAUACAGGGAGAAAGACCUAAAAUUAUCACAAAGGGGUCUCAGAGCAUAUCCAUCCUUACUGAAACAGAUGCCUUUAUCCCUUGUGAUGCAGUAGGGGAACCCAAGCCUUUUAUUACUUGGACAAAAGUUUCUACAGGAGCUUUAAUGACAGCCAACACCAGGUUACAAAGGUUUGAAGUCUGGAAAAAUGGUACCCUCCUUAUCCGAAAUGUUCAACUUCAGGAUCGUGGACAGUAUUUGUGCACAGCUCAGAACGUGCAUGGUAUAGAUAAAAUGAUCAUUGUGCUCACUGUUGCAGCCCACCAGCCCAAAAUUUUACUUUCCCGCUACCGAGAUAUCACGGUCUAUUUUGGAGACACCAUAGCAAUGGAAUGUCAGGCUAGUGGGACUCCAAGCCCGCAUAUUUCGUGGAUUUUCCCAGACAGGAAGAUUUUGCAAACAGUCACCACCACAGAAAGCAGGAUAAUGCUUCAUGAAAAUCGCACCUUGUCUAUCAAGCAAGCAACUUUUUCAGACCGAGGAGUUUACAAAUGCGUGGCAAGCAAUGCUGCAGGAGCUGACAGCAUUGCAGUGAGGCUGCACAUUGCAGCCUUACCUCCCAUCAUCCAGCAGGAGAAGCAAGAGAACGUUUCCUUGCCCCUUGGUAGCAGUAUUAACAUCCACUGCACUGCCAAAGCAGCACCGUCUCCCAGCAUCCGCUGGGUGGUCUUCGAUGGCACGCAGAUCCGACCUUCUCAGUUUGUCAAUGGGAAUUUAUUUGUUUUUCCCAAUGGAACUCUCUAUAUUCGCAACGUUUCCCCUAAGGACAGUGGGACCUAUGAGUGCAUUGCUGCUAACAUGGUGGGAGCUUCCAGGAGAACAGUACAACUCCACGUGAAGAAGCAUGCAUCUAAUGCUAAAAUCACUGGGAGUUCUCCUCAGAGGACAGACGUAACAUACGGCAGCAUCCUGCAGUUGGACUGUAGUGCUUCUGGUGACCCCUGGCCUCGGAUAUUAUGGAGGCUGCCUUCCAAAAGGAUGAUUGAUUCCCUACANAGCAGCUUGGAAACUCGAAUCAAAGUAUUCAGCAAUGGGACCUUGGUUGUCCAUUCAGUUACAGACAAAGAUGCAGGAGACUAUCUGUGUGUGGCCCGCAAUAAGAUUGGGGAUGACUAUGUGGUCCUCAAAGUGAAUGUGAUGAUGAAACCAGCAAAAAUAGAACAUAAGAAUGAGAAUAACCACAAGGUCAAGUACGGAGGAGACCUGAAAGUUGACUGCGUAGCUACAGGUCUGCCAAAUCCUGAGAUCUCCUGGGGUCUCCCAGAUGGCAGCAUGAUCAAUACCUUCAUGCAGUCAGAUGACAGUGGCAGCCGGAUAAAGCGAUACGUGGUAUUCAAUAAUGGAACCCUGUAUUUCAAUGAUGUUGGACUGAGAGAGGAAGGAGACUACACCUGCUAUGCUGAGAACCAGAUUGGGAAGGAUGAAAUGAAAGUGCGGGUCAAAGUAGUGGCUGAGCCUGCAACUAUCAAGAACAAGACACACCUCAUUAUUAAUGUACCCUAUGGAGAUGUUGUCACAGUAGCAUGUGAAACCAAAGGAGAACCCACUCCCAAAGUGACCUGGCUCUCCCCAACCAACAGGCCCAUUCCUGCCCUUUCUGACAAAUACCAGGUGUAUAGGGAUGGCACCCUCCUCAUCCAAAAGGCCCAAAGAUCUGACAGUGGUAACUAUACCUGCGUAGCUCGGAACAGUGCUGGAGAAGAUCGGAAUGCUCCCCGGGUCUUAUGGGCUUUUCCAGAAGGAGUAAUCCUGCCAGCUCCCUACUAUGGGAACAGGAUCACUGUGCACCGCAAUGGUACAUUGGACAUCAGAGAGGUGAGGCAGACAGACGCGGUGCAGCUCAUAUGCAUCGGCCGGAACGAAGGAGGAGAAGCGAGACUGAUUGUGCAGCUCCUCAUCACAGACCACUUGGAGAAACCCUCCUUCCGAGACCCUGUCAAUGAAAGGAUCACUGCUAUUGCUGGGCACAGCAUCAACCUGAACUGCUCAGUCCAGGGGAACCCCAAGCCCAGCACAAGCUGGAUCCUUCCCAAUGGCACUGAAGUGCUGAGUGGCAGCCAUCUGCACAGAUUUUACCAUAAGAAGGAUGGGAUCUUGCACAUCAGCAGCCUCUCCUCUGGGGAUGCUGGGACUUACCGCUGUACAGCCAGAAACCCAGGAGGUUAUGUGGAACGGGUAGUCUUCCUGAAAGUGGGGCUCAGGCCAGAAAUCAGCAACCAGUACAACAACCUGGUGAGCAUCAUCAAUGGAGAAACUCUGCAGCUCCAUUGCGUCACCCAGCCAAACCAGCGGGUGCAGAUCUCCUGGACACUGCCCAACGGGAUGGUUCUGGAUGCUCCUCAAGCUGUGGGUCGCUUCUCCCUGCUGGAGAACGGCUCACUGACAGUGCGCGAGGCUUCUGUAUUUGACAGGGGCACUUACCUGUGCAAGGCAUCCACAGAGUAUGGCACUUCUGUUAUGAACGUGCCUGUCAUCGUGAUAGCCUAUCCCCCUCGGAUCACCAGUGAGCCAGCACCUGUCAUUUAUGCCAGGCCUGGAAAUUCAGUAAAACUGAACUGCAUGGCCAUUGGGAUUCCUAAAGCAGAAAUAACAUGGGAGCUUCCAGACAAAUCACAUCUGACAACUGGAGCUCAAUCCCGUCUGUAUGGAAACAAAUUCCUGCACCCUCAGGGGUCAUUAGUCAUCCAGCAGCCUUCUCAAAGGGAUGCAGGCUUCUAUAAAUGCACAGCUAAAAAUAUAUUAGGCAGUGAUUCGAAAACAACCUACAUACACAUAUUUUAACACUAAACAAAAUGCCUUUGACUGGAUACUAGCAUUAAAGUCACUGCCAAGCAAGUGCAACAAGGAAAGGACAGUUUGCAACAAAGCCAGGCAGGCUGAGGGCAGUAAAAAAAAACAAAAAACAAAAAACAAAACGGAAUGAAUCCUAUUUUUAUGCAAAGUGCAUUACUUUUGUUCUCAGUAUGGUAGUAAGUCCCUGCAAUAAAAGGAGGCAGUAGACAUACUGAAACUGAGGAGACUAACGCGUUGGAAAAGGUCUUUAAAUUGUUAAGUGAGUAUAGUGUGGUUUUUCAUGCUAUCCAAUAGCAUCUGAAACCUGAAGUGCUCUAUUCCUGUCAGUAGUCCAAAGCUAUUCCUUGUUCUAACAAGCACCUUAAAAGUACCAAAGAAGUAUUAACUGUUAAUGAAUGAGCUGCAGUGAUAGAAGUGCUUUAGUAAAACAUAAUUUUCUUUAUACCCUGCAGCACUUUUACAUAAUCUAGCCUUAUAGAAUAUGAUUACUAACCUUUCUGUUCAUUCUUCUAUCAGCUCUUCAAAAUCAAAGACUAACUUAGCAAAUAAGAGUGAUCUAUUUUAAUAGAGAUACAUGCAAACAUUAGUUACCUUAACAUAUGAACAAACCUUUUCCAGCUACUAAGGAUGCUACAGUAAAAUAAUUCAUUAUAUAUUUUAUAUAUAUUUUUAAAUCAGACUAUGAGACUAGAAAGAGUAACAAUGAACUUGGUCUCAUUUUAUAAAUUAUUGGUCUUUACAAGACUCUGAUACAUUACAGUUUUUAUAAUAUUAAGGUCAAUAUACUGUACAUUUUAUAAUAAAAAAAUA